AUGAGUGAAGGUUCUACGGACUCGACCCCAGAGAUUGAGAUGUUUCUACGCGGCUUGAAUGCAAACCAGCGUAUAGCUGUUACAUCUCCUGCGAAUGGCCGGUUGCAAAUAAUUGCAGGACCGGGUACUGGAAAGACAAAAGUGCUUAUAUCAAGGGUGGCAUACUUGCUAUUACACGAACGGAUCAAGCCCGAACAUAUCAUUGUUACAACAUUUACCAAAAAAGCAGCCAACGAGAUGGUGGAUCGAUUGGGAAAGAUGUUAGGAAAUACAGGUGAUGGCACUGGUGUUGUUCCUGGUACCAGUAUUGAGUUGGACAAACUACUUAUUGGGACCUUCCACAGUAUAUGUUUUCGUAUCAUUAAAAAAUUUGGCCACAAGGUAGGACUUGGUGGGUUUACAAUUGCUGAUGAGAGGGAUAAAGAUAUAUUGAUUAAGGAGAUGUUUGAAAAAAAUUUAUCCGAUACUGUGAUUAGCCAUUUAAAGCUGAAACUUAAAGAAGACGCGCCUUUCCUUAUGUCAAACAAACCCAAUGAGAAAUACUUUGGUGUGGAUAUCCCUAGCUUUAAACGGCAGAUUGGAAAAUUAAAAGCUCGAGGUUACUUACCAGAGACGUACCUUCGGCUGAGAGACUAUAAUCAAACUAUGGGCUUAUUAUAUCGAGCCUAUCAAAACAAACUUUCCGAUGAGCGGAAACUUGACUUUGACGAUUGUUUGCUCUCUUGUUACAAAUUAGUAACGAGAAUACCAGUGUUACACCAUGUGCGACACGUUCUCGUUGAUGAGUUUCAAGAUACUAAUGAGAUUCAAUUACAAUUGAUGUACGAAUUUGCCAAGGGGGAUCCCUUGAACCUGCAAUAUCAACAUAAUGUCACACUUGUUGGUGAUCCAGACCAAUCCAUAUACGCGUUCCGCGAAGCACAAUCAAACAAUUUCCACAAAAUGAAAGAACAUUACACGACACAGGAUCUUUCAUGCUCAGUUGUAUCCUUGACGGAAAAUUAUAGAUCAACAAAAGAUAUUCUUGAUUUUUCAGAGCGGGUGAUGACACAGCAACCGGAUCGAAUUUUGAAAAACUUGAACUCGCAAUGUCCACAUUCUUUCAAGCCGGUGUAUCUGAAUUUGAGCUCUGCAGCACAAGAAGCUUCGUGGAUUGCUUACCAAAUAGAUUUUCUUCAACAGCUUCCACAUAAUCCCAUCAAAUAUGAUGAAAUUUCGAUUCUCGUAAGGGCCGCGUAUCAAACACGAGCAAUCGAAGCAGAACUAGUGAGGAAGCGGAUUCCCUACAUUAUGGUGCGCGGAAAAGCAUUUUGGGAGAGAAAAGAAGUGACUGCCAUUAUGGACUACUUGCGAGUUUGCGGUGAACCUAAUGAUAGAAUAGCAAUACUUCAGACAUUGAAUUAUCCUAAGCGCGGAUUUGGUGCAGUAACGUUGGAAGCCAUAGAUAGGGCCAUCACAACUGCUAUAACUUCUUCCAAUGCUACCAGUAUUAAUACUAGCACUACUACAACCACUGUUGUUGAUGACCUCAAUAAUGUUAAUAACACUAUUACCGUUAAGGACGCCAACAAUACCUUCAUCAAUAAAAGAACUAAAAAGAGUGCACGCGACGUGCUUCGUGGGUUAUUGGAGAGUAAUAACCAAUACGGAGUAAAAUUGCCUCUGAAAGCAAAAGAGAGCUUGAAAGGGUAUAUAAAAAUGAUAGAUCAAGCGCAAGUUAUGUUGGACAACUUGGAAAAAGAAGAGCAAAUAGACCCUUUAAAAGUUGCUCGAUUAUUUGAUCAAAUAUAUACUGACUCGGGUCUCAAGAAAGAAUAUGAAAGCGAAGAAAAAGAAGAAGUGAGGUUGAAUGUUGAGGAAGUAAAGACUCAGUUUUGCGAAUUUACUCCACAAUCAGAUCUUUUUAUGGAAGAAGUCACUCUUGAUGAAAUUGAGGAAUCCAAUAAUGGCAAAACAGAUUUAAUCAAUAGUACCAAUGAUGAUCUUGGGGAAAACUUUAUACGCAAGUUUGUCGAAUCAGUAGGUUUAUACGAGGAUGACAAGACAGGGGACGAAAAAAAGAAGAAAAAAGUCGGGGUAGCAAUUAGUACAAUUCAUGGUUCGAAAGGCUUAGAGUGGCCAGUUGUAUUUGUUCCUGGUUUAUCAGAAGGCUUACUUCCCGCCGGUUUUGCAUUGACCACGGACGAUCCAAAUUCUUUGAAUGAGGAAAGGAGAUGUUUUUACGUUGCAAGUACAAGGGCCAAGACGUUGUUGUUUAUUUCGUCAUACAUUGAAAAAGAGUAUUCUGGCUCUUCAUGGAGAAAGCCAAUUGACACUGUAUCGAGAUUUUUAAAGGCUAUCGAUGAGAGAGGUUCCUUUGUGAAAUCUUUACAGUUUCUUGCAAAAGACGGCAAUUUAGAAGCAUUAUACACAUUGUUGGGGAAAGAACUUGUAAUUCAAAGUCAAUUUGACAAGGAAGCGAUGUUUUCAGCGUACAAACUGAACUGGCUAAAACAACAUGAAACAAGCAUGGCAAACUUCGAGAUAAAGUUUGCGAGUGAAUGGAGUAAAGGAUCAUUGCAGAAUCAAAAAUAUCGACAAAAAUUUGAUGAAUAUGGAGAUGAUUACACAGAUGGUGCUGAUUUGUAUAAGUCUAAUGCGAGGCUUUUACCUCAUAAUCAGGAACGAAAGUCGACUCUAUCUAAGAGUAUAAACCACUUGAGUAGUGUUAUAAUUCUGAAUCUGCUGGGCACUAAACGAAGCAAAGCGCCGACAUAUAUACCUGACAGGAAACCACUGAAGAAGAAGUUCAAAAGUCUACACACCCCAAAGUUAAAAUGA